GCAUAUGAUCCUCGUGCGCUUUCAGUCUGGUUUGUGUUUCUUUCUGGGGCGGCGCCUUUCAGAUCUCGGAGGAGUGGCACUCACGAGCGUCUGCAAUCAUGGAGUGGAAACCGAUGGAAAUAAACCCUGAGAUGCUGAAUAAGGUGUUGAGUAAGUUGGGUGUGGGCUCGAGUUGGCGUUUUGUGGAUGUUUUGGGUCUGGAGGAUGAGUCUCUGUCAGGAGUGCCCUCACCCAGCUGUGCCAUGAUGCUGCUCUUCCCUUUAACGCAACAGCACGAGGAGUUUCGUUCCAAACAGUCUGUUGACGACUCUAAAGGUGUAUAUUUUCUGAAACAAACUGUGGUCAACUCUUGUGGAACUGUGGGUUUGGUACAUGCUGUGGCCAACAACCAGGACAGUGUUGAUUUCGACAGUGACUCUGCACUGAAGAAGCUUCUAGAAGACACCUCAGAGAUGUCUGCUGCAGAAAGAGCCAAAGCAUUUGAACAAAAUAAGGCCAUCCAGGAAUCUCAUGAUGCAGUUGCUGAUGAAGGACAGUGUCUGCCAGAGGCAGACAAAGUUAACUUCCAUUUCAUUACAUUUGUCAAUGUGAACGGUCAGCUUUAUGAGCUGGAUGGCAGAAUGGAUGGACCUGUGAAUCAUGGACCUUCAAAACCAGGAAGCUUCGUCAUGGAUGCGGCAAGGGUGUGCCGUGAGUUUACAGAGCGGGAGAAAGGGGAGGUGCGUUUCUCUGCUGUGGCUCUCUGCAAAGCCUGAGAGGAGCCAGACCACUUAGCUUGAACCAUGAGCAGUUCUGGAAAACCCUUCAAGCACUUACUAUACAGAGCACAGAAUCCAAACCUGUACCACGCUACACAAACUGCCUGCCUGUCUGACUGAAUUACUGUCUUUUUUUUUUUUUUUGUCUCUCCUAUCAAUCUGCAACUACUAUGCUCUUUGUAAACAUCUUGUGUAUUUGAACUUUUGUUGUUACCUCAUUUACUUCAAGUUUGAAUAUUUUGGGCACUUUUUGAUGGGGGCAACAUCUAGCAGAAAUUUAAUGUGAACUCAUAAGCUUGGAGGUGUAUGUUCAAAAUAAAAAGAAGACUGAGAAGGGUAA